CGGAAAUGAUGUAGACCCGGAAACGAUCUCAGUAGAUUUUUCUAUCUACAUCCAGGUGAAACAAAGCCUACUCUUUCUAUUAUGUCUGUUUAUGUUGUUUUGUGAAGACGUCUAAACGACGAAGUUGGAGAUGGAGGGGGGAACUGGUGUGUUCUACCAGGUCAUGCCAGCUGUAGGGCCGGAUGGAAAAAAUGUCAUGAAACUGAUUCCCGUUCAAAAAGUCAAUGGACAGUUCCUCCCUAUGCAGACAACGUCAAGCAAAACUGAUGGUCUUGGAACUCAAACUGCUCUUCCUCACCCUGUACGCAUUUUGCCACCAUCUCUUUCUCAGAAUAGGAUACCUGUUGUUGAACCUACUGCUGAUGGGAAAUUUAUUUUAAAAGGACCAACUAACACAAAUAUUAGGUUAACUAAGAGCCCACAACAAGUGAACUCACCAAAGGUGUUGGUGGGACAAGUGCGAUUGCCAGUUGUUACGCCCAAAAGGACUCUGCUGCCAUAUCCUGUUAAUGCCAGUGGAACAUCAGUAGCAUGUUCAAAUACUUCGCAGUUACCGGUGACCGUGAGUUCACCGAGACUGCCAAAUGGGCAUUAUCUCCAAAUACCUCCCAAUGCUAAAGUUCAAACUCUACCAGCAUCUGCACUCCCCCAGUCCAUAAAGAAGCGAAUAUUGAACUUGCCACAUGACACGGCGUCUACAGAGAAGUCAUCUACAGUAGUAUAUGUUUCUCCUGUCACUUCAAUGAAAAUCGACACACCCCCCCUUAAAGACUCUGAUCCACCCAUGACUAAAUGUGUCCAAGUGAAUGUUUCCAAGAAAAAUUCAACACGCUCCCCAGCAGUCUCAGCUCAAAGUCCAAAGGUUGUCGGCAGUGACUGUGUGCAACCCAUGAAGUGGGUUGUUCAGCAAAAAGAUGGGUCAAGUGCUCCAUGUCUUGUGCCAGCGUCCCCAACUUUAAUGACUUCAGAGAUUUUAAAGGUUGUGGCACAGAUGGAAAAAAUUUCUCCAGUCACAUCAAGUUCAUCAUCAUCAUCUCAGAUGAGUUACAUGAAGGUCCCAAGUAAGGAUGAUGCUUUGCUCAUGUGCAAUGGUAAAGUGUAUUUUGUGACCAACAAAGAUUCAAGGCUAUGUGUGUCUAGCCAGGAAAGUCAUGCAACAGCCAAGGAGGGUUCAACUCCCAGAAAACCAACAGAAUCUCCCAGUUCCUCCUCAGGAUCACAUACGAGUGGUACUAAACCAAACCCUAAACCUAUUUGUAUAAAUGUUGAUCCAGAUGAGGUUAUUGAUCUUUGUGAUGACGAUCCCCAAACUGAGGGGACUUCUGGGAAGGGUGUGAAGGAACGAGCAGGAGUUACGACUGAGGAGGAGGAUGACUCCAACGUCAUUUUUGUAUCCUACAUUCCUCCCAAGACAAGUGACAAAAGCGAAACAAAGGACGAAAUUAGUGGAAAAGGUGGGACCAAGUCCGGUCAACCCAUACCUGUGAGAAACAACAGUGAACUAACCAAGCAAGUCAGCAGUGAAAGUCAACAUGAAAACUGUGUCAGUGGCAAGCAGACAGGAAGCUAUCAGGACGUGACAAAUGCUGAACCUGUUUCUGGGAUAAAAAUCAGGCUUGAUGUGAUCAACCCCAAGGAUCUUCGUCUUGACGAGCAAGAAUUCGUUUGUGCACAAACUCCUGCCAACUGUGAAGCAAGGAUGAGCAAUAAUUCAAACAAACUGGAUAACAUGUCAGAGAUGAAUGUCCAGAACUUGGGAGAUGGAGUCCAUCUUAAUACUAGUUGCAGCACUGCUCCUGGUCUGGUGAGACAGGACAAUGUUCCUCUUGAAGCCAGGAAAGCUCCUGGAAGUGAUGGAGAGUUGGCACCUGCUGAGUGUGGAAUCCAAGAGCAUGAAAUGGAAUCCAAGAGCAGUCAGGGAAGCAAAGUACUUCAAGAAGGGCCCAGCAACAUUGAGGACAGCUCAAUCAAAGGUCUGGCAAGACAGGACAAUGUUCCUCUUGGAGCCAGGACAGCUCCUGUAAGUGAUGGAGAAUUGGACCCUGCUGUGCAUGGAAUCCAAGAGCAUGAAAUGGAAUCCAAGAGCAGUCAGGGAAACCAAGUUUUUCAAGAAGGGCCCAGCAACAUUGAGGACAGUUCAGUCAAUGGUCUGGCAAGACAGGACAAUGUUCCUCCAGAAGCCGGGACAGGUCCUGGAAGUGAUGGAGAAUUGGCACCAGCUGAGCAUGGAAUCCAAGAGCAUGAAAUGGAAUCCAACAGCAGUCAGGGAAGCCAAGUGCUUCAAGAAGGGCCCAGCAACAUUGAGGACACUGUGCAGAUGACCGAAAACACCAGCCAAGACACUUCACAAGUGCAGAGUUUGACCACACCAGUUAAUGUUACCAUAAUGGAAGUGGACCAACAGAGUCAACAUGAGUAUGACCGCAAAAUGAGGCGACUCUUUGGAAUCAGAAAAGAUAUUCAAAUUUGUCUUAAGAGGAGUCAUUCUGAAAAACAGGAAAUGCCCUCGGAGACCAGAUCUAUUAACAAGCGCACGCUAGAGGGAAUACGCAGACUCAUCCAGGGAUCUCAAAUGGAGAUUAAAGCAAAAAAACUAAUAGAGGCACAGGUUCAUUUGGCAAAAGAUGUCAAACGACGGAAAGUUGAGUCUUCAAGAAAUAUGUCGGAGCAGACCACUGAGCAGCCUCAUGCUUCACCCAAGUGUGGACUGUUCGAAAGCAUCCAGAGCAAGAGCAAUUCUCUGACCGCUGAUGCUGUUAUGUCUACAGUUCUCCCUCUUCAAAUUAUUGUGCCUUCUGCUUGUGAGACUGGAGAGUCAACCAGUGUGUCUGAUGACGUUCUGGAAGGGAAUGCUUCAGACACCACCAAAGACUCAGACAGACUUGCAUCCACUGGAGCAGAUAAACCAGAGAAUCCAGGUGAGGCGCAACCGUCCUUUGCUGGAUCACAGAGAAGCCAUACUCCCAUCAGCACACAACCUGUCACAUCGGGAAAGAGUGACCUGCGACCAGGAGAGGGCUCAACUGGAGGAGGAGCACCAUCACAGAUGGGAGUGGAGCCAUCUGGCAGUGCUUGUGAGGACCGCACAAGCACGACAGAGGUGCUUAACAAGGACCUGUUCUCCACAGAGCCUAUGGAGCCUGAGGAGAUUAAGCGCUGUGAGAAAAUAAAACGUUUAAAAGAACUUCUGAAGGAGAAAGAGGCUGCACUUGAGAUGAUGAGGAAAAAAAUGAGCAUGUAAUAAAUGUCUGUUGUAGACUAUCAGUUCAGUCUAAUAAUUAACUUAGUUCUAGUGUUUUAAGUAGUAACACUAUUGCGUCAUUUUGUAUUGUUUCUGUUGGGAGAUGACAUUCAUUUUUUCUUCAUAAAAUGUUAUUUAUAGAUUUUCAUAUUUAUUACAGAACCCUUUUAAGUGUACAGUAUGGUCAUCGAACAGAACUGACAAACUCCUUGAGGCAUGUAGCACAUUGUUUUUGCCGAAUAGUGGAGUUUAUCCGGAGUGAAAUGUCCUCUUUGGAUUGCUAAUUUUUGGGCUUGUUGAUUUCAGACCUUUUAGGCUGUCCUCCAUCUAAUACAAAUAAAAAUCUUUUGUAUCAACUUUAA